AUGCUGAAGCUUGGAAGGAGAUCGCUCUUCUCCGUCUUGGACAGAUCCAAGACGUAUGCAGAAAUAUGCUCUUCAAUUUCAAAAGGCAACUUCACAGGCAUUUCCGAAAUCGACCCUAUCGCCAGAAGAAAAGAAAUUGCAGCAACAGCAAAGUCACAAUCAGAAAUUCUAGGGAAAAUGGUCAAUCUCAGGCAAGAAGAAAGCAUGGCGAAAUUGACAAAGUUCUUGCCAAUUGCUACUCGAAUUGGAGCAGAUUUGGGGCUAGUGCCCGUGCCGAUUGGGAUUGAUUCUACGCUGAUGGAUACAUCGAAGACUAUUAGCAUAGCAUUUGUGAAAGAAAACACUUGGCCCGACUUAUACGGCGCGCAAGCAUGUGAAGACGAAGUUUUGAAGAAUUAUUUGGACGAAAACUCCUUCGAUUUCGAAGAGAAGAUCAAUAGAUUCAGCGUUUCUACUGACGCUGGUAUCCUAAAUAUAGCAAAAAGAGAUUUUGUAUUGAACACGACCCUGGCAGCUGAGUGGCUUCAUUUUUGUAUUCGAAUUGAUCCAAUUGUGCCUCAAGUCCUUCAGGUGCUCCUGACAUGGCUUUCGAAAUCAGAGUCGGACAUGGACGAAGAGAUCUUUGUCCAUUUCGUCAUAUUUUUCCUUGUUCAUGAAGGGUAUUUGCCGAGUUUGGAAAAGGUGAUUUUGCAGCGAGGAGGUUUGCCAAUUCCAGCCGAGAAAGAAAAUUUGGUCGCUUCUGACCUUGACUUAGGAAAAAUAGUUGGAAAAUUCUUCCAGUUCAUGAAAAAUGCGAACAUCGAAGAAGACUUGUUCAACACUUUCGACGGGCGAGUGGCCAAAAAAGCCGAUAUUGAAGAUUUCAUCGGCUGCCCUGAAAAAGUUUGCGGGAGUGUCCAGAGCUGCGGCUUUGCCACUACUCAAGGCAGCCUCUUGUUUAUUUCGUACAAGGAAGUGCUAAUAUCAGCUGGCGACGAUGGAAAUCAACUCUGUUUUCUCAAAUCUGAGGAUGAGAUCAACUGCAUUGCGGCGGCCCAUAACGAGGGGAUCGUCGUUGUUGGCUUUGACUGGGGAAUUCAAGUUUGCAGACUCCUUUCUGGACAAGCUUCUUGCCGAUCUAUUUCCCGAAUUCUCGACCAAGAGAUCGCUCCCAAAGAGUCUUCCCUCGGCUCGACCGAAAAGAACUUCAAGCUUGCUUUUCCUGUCCAAAGAAUAGCGAUAAGUGCGAAUGGUCGAACUAUCGCCACUGUAUUUUCCGGUGAAGAAGUCACCAAUUUGCAUGUUUAUCGCCUUUGCUACAAUCAAGAAGGGAGCAUUGAUCUCAAAGAGUGCUUCCACGAGCAGUAUUCCGAAGACAUCACCGAAUUCGGGUUUUCAAAUGAAAAGCUUUUCGUCGUCAGAUCAAAGUUCGUCUUUAUCUUCAACGACGAAUUCAACCAAACAAAAGUCGCUCAUCCGGGGAAAAUCUCCCACAUCGACUGGAGACUCAGUGACGACGACGAGAAUUCAGUCUUCCUCACUCAUUCGAACUCGAUUCUCCGCCUCUGGUCUGGGCAAGAAAAUAAGAUUCAGCUACUGGCUUCUAAGUCUUCUCCGGAUAUGAUGUUUUCUUUCUUGAACAACGCGUAUUAUUCGCACGAUGAUACAGAUUAUUUGGUCGGAAUCUCGCGUGGGAACUUUCAUCUUUGGUCUGUCAGCAAUUUGAAAAUGAAAAACAACAAAGGCAUCAAACCCGUCGUCAUUUCAACUCUUCGUAUGAUUCCGAAUAUUUACCCCAGCGACUCGUUGAAUAUCAAAAUGCACAUUCAAGUUCGGCCGUAUCUAGCUCGUCUCUCAUCAGAAACCCCACUCAAACGAGCAAGUUCGAUGUUCUCGCUUUCGCCGUCGAUUACGAACUCGAUUUCUAUGGCGAGUGUUGGUGCUUCGCAAAAGAUUUUCGUCGACGUCGUUGAUUCGGAUGGGAACUUAGUGACACUGACUCUUUCUUCUUCUACCAACUCGUUUGGCGACACAACUUCGAUCAAGUCCCUGUGUCAAGCUUCUGGUCACCCUGCCGAAAUAACAACGAUUGAUGCUCACCCUGAACUACCCGUUAUCGCGACAGGGGAUGAACUUGGAAAUGUCUUUAUUGUGAAAAGGCUAAUGAACAAAGCCCAUCACAAAUCAGUUUUCAAAUUCGAUUCUGAAGUUGUGCUCAAAUGGAUUCAAUCGCCAGAAGAAAUGACAUCAGAAAUCCUCGUUGCGAUAGAAAAGAAGGCGAAAGAGUUGAUAGUUUAUUCGAUAAUUAUCGACAAUGGAGUGAUGAAAAGGAGGCAUUCGUGGAACUUGCCUGUUGAAAAUGUCCAAGGAAUCCAUCGAAGCAAAUCAAAUCUCAUUAUCAGCAGCCCUGAAAGAAACUUAUUGAUCGAUCCUAUCGAGGAGAAAGUCAAAGAAAUCAACAUUAAUUGCGUGAUAACAGGAAUUGCGGGACAACAAGAAGACUUUUAUGUAUCAAAACAGGGAAGUUCCUUGAAUUUCUUCCACGAAAGUGAAAUAAAUGCUCCCAUCUGUCCAAGCAUCAAUAUUUCCGACGAUAACGUUCUAUCAGCCGGUCCUGGAUUGAUCUUCUCGUGGAGUCAUUCUGGAAAGCAAAUUGAGUGUAAUCUUCACAGCAGCAUUCACACCGGUUUUGAAUUAUGGGAGUUCCUUGAUCAAUUGACCAUUGAGCUGGCGACUGAGUGCUGGAUGGAAAGCCCGAAAGCAUUUUUAUUCGAGCACUCGAAUCUGACAAGCACUGUUUUCUUCCUAAUCGGACGUACUAUUCUUACCGUAGAAAUUCUUCAACAGCCUCCUGCCCAUUUCAUCUCUACUUCGCCAAAGGGGAAAAUUUGUCUAUCCUCACGAUUUCAAACUCCUGGUACUUUGAAACGACCAUCAUUGAUUGAACGACUCGAUUUGAAACAUUUUAUCGCCAUUUGUGGAAAAUCUCUUCUUCUCCUAGAAUCUGAGCCUACCUGGUCUCGUCCUUCGUAUUCCCCAGUUGCUCUUCAGAAAAUCAUAAAUUUGGGGAAAGUCAAUUUGGCGAAAGGUAUUCUCACAUCCUUCGUCGAUUUCUUCAAAAGAUCUGUAAAACCGAAAAAGUCGAAGGAAGCGAUGAUGGCUGAGAUUUUCAGCGAUAAUACUUUGUCUGAGAUCAGGCCGAACAUGCCGCCGCUGCAGACAUUGCUCGAUUCUUCUUUUGGAAACGUGAAUUCGGACCUUGGACCAAAUCAAAGAAGAAAGUCAGUGAUGGAUCCUGAUACUGUGGACUUUGAAAGACGACUUUCUGAAGAUCUCGAGAAAGAUCUCGUCCUCGACUUUUCGUCAUCUGAGUCAGAAUGCUCGGAAGACGAGUUCGAUACUUCCGAAGUUACCGUUUCUGAUAUUCUUAUGCGCUACCGUUUAUCUGGAAUAACAAGAUCAGAGCAAGUGACCUUAGAGGCGAUCUGGGAGUGCUUGAAUACCGUUAUUCCCGCCGGUAUCGAUCGAGCCGGUACGACUUUUAUGCUUCAAUGGCACCAUCAUCGUUGUAUCACAAAAUACGUACGAAACGCAUCUCGAGUUAAAAGCGACCUUCCAUCGUCAGCGAUGAUCUGGGCUUUUCAUUCUGAAAGUCAGGCUGAAAUCAUGUCGAUCAUUAUGGAAAGUGUCGAUUUUUCUUGGGACUUGAUGAAGCUCACAGGAGCGGCGUUCUGGUGCAAAUCCGUUGCUACGUUGAGGAUGUCAAUUGAGAAGCUCUCAAGAAUCAUCUUCCAGAAGGAAAAAGAUCCUAUGCCUGUUAUUGUCUGGUACUCGAUUCUCGGGAAGGAAAAGAUCCUCAGCGGACUCUUCAAAUCUGUCAACAACCUAAAGAUGGCUCAAUUCUUUGCCAAUGACUUCUCAGAUACGCGAUGGAAACAGGCUGCUUUGAAAACGCAUUCGCCCUUCUCGGAAAACGCCGCUAUCUUGAGGCAAUAG